CACAGGGCCCAUAGGCAACGCAGUCAACAACAAUAUUAAGAUGGCCUCAAAUGAUCAUGUCUCGGACUCAGAGACCUCAGAGGUGGAUCUGCUCCGCCCGCCAAGUCGAGAUGAUAGCGACAGAGAGCCAUCUCUACCAGAGUCCGAUCUACACCACGGACUUCAAGAGCUACCUCAUGAGUCAAUGGAUGAACAUAAUAAAAAGGCGAGAUCUGUCACCGCAGAGGAUAAAAUCGCAGUGAUGGUACCAGCACCUUCAAGGCCAUGGGAAUAUGAACCUUAUCGUGGAGAUACAACGGUGGAUACUGUAUUGGAGGAGUUCAAGAAGCCAGGAGGGGAGAUAUGGUACAAAAUUGAGUAUGAAGAUGGAAGGAAAGAAGAUGUAUCCUUUAACGAUCUUCUCAAACUCCGAAACGGUGCAAACGCUUUGGACUUUUACAACAACGAGGACCUUGAUACUGAGCCUUCAGAUUCUAUGGCAGACUAUCAAUUUGGUCGCUCCAGCAGAGAGCCUGCCACGUUUUCUUCCGGCAGCAAGCGUACUCGAACAGAGACAAAAAACAAUGGUUUCGUUGAUAUCGCGAAGCUCCAGCUUGACUCUGAUGAGGAUGAUCUUUCUACAGAACAGACUAUAAUAAAGAAGCGACGUCUUGUACAGGGUCGAAUCUCAUUCGUAUCUAGUAGCAGCAGCCGCCAAAAUAGUCGAGCUGGCAGCAGACUCGGCAACAAACCAUCUCCACGCUACGUACAUGGCGAGGAGAGUUCCGAGUCGGAUUCGGAAUCCCCGAGGGAUCGUGGAGUUCGCUCCACUCGCGAAACGCGGUCAAAUGCUCGCACUUCUGGACGUAUAACCCGUUCCUCGGAUCCCAAAUCCACUAUCAGACCAAAGAUCAAUGAUACUGAUGACGACGAUGCUGAUGAACUAGCCGGCGAAGUUCAAUUUGAGAGCGAAGAUUCGGACAUUGUCUACGUCCAACGUGGAGAGAAGAAACGAUCAGCUAAGGCUCAUCGAGAAAGAUCACAAUCGAAAGGUCACAGAGGCCGACCACGCCGAAAUAUAAGCCCCCGUUCCUCAACAACUCCAGAGCGACCCGAGCCAACUCGCCGGUCUGGGCGUGAAAGAACAAUUAAGAAUAUGAAGGAGCGAGAUAUGGAUGAGGAAAUUUAUGCCGAUGAGGUCUCAGUGAACACUGUAUCCAAGGUCAUUAGUAUCCGGGAAGUUUUCCAACCGAUUCCAAAGCAAUCACGGUUCCGAUUCUUUCACAGCAAGGAUUGUGAUGUCUGUGGUGGGACUGAAAAUAACUCUAACAAAGGGGUUAGUCCGUUGAUUUACUGUCAGGGUUGUUCUAGCUCGAUCCACAAGGUGUGUCUUGGCUAUCGUAGUGGUCGAGAGCACCUGGUCACCAAGAUCGGCCACGAGAACUUUGUUAUGCAAUGCCGACGCUGUAUUGGUAUCGCAUCAAAGAAGGACAGCUCAGCCCCGCGUUUAAAUGCUUGUUCAGACUGCAAUGAAGCAGGAGCAGCGUGCAACCCAUUUUCUUCGAGGAAGACUGCAAAGCAGGAAGAGAAGCUGAGGGAGGAAAAUGAUGGACAAGACCCGAUUACGGAAGUUCCUAGCGAACUCAUUAAUAACGAUGAGAAUGUGCUUUUCCGAUGCAAGACAUGUCAACGGGCCUGGCAUUUUGAGCACUUACCACCCCUGUUCGAUACUUCUAAGACUCCCGAAGAUGUGGAUAAACUGCGAGACGAGCGUUUCGAAGAAUAUACUCCAAAAUGGCAGUGCAAAGAGUGUUGCGAGGUUCCGGCAAAGGUUCAGACCUUAGUUGCUUGGAGGCCCUCAGAUCGCGACUCCUACGCUGAUGGCCAAACUGCGGACAUGUUCCGCGAGGACGAGAAAGAAUACCUGAUCAAGUGGGAAAAUAAAUCGUACUUCAAUUGCUCUUGGAUGCCAGGUGCUUGGGUCUGGGGUGUGACGGCUACUGUCAUGCGCAAGGCAUUCUUUCGCCGAGAUGAGGGAGCCAAUAUGCUUCCAAAAUUUACCACGGAAGAAGCCAUCCCAGAGGAAUAUUUGCGGAUGGAGAUUGUUUUUGAUGUUAGAUAUAACGACGAUUACAGUCCCCGUUCCGAAGCAUCUGAUAAAGCUCAUAUCAACGAUGUCGAUGAAGUCUUAGCCAAGUUCCAGGGUCUUGGCUACGACGAAGCAGUUUGGGAAGAGCCUCCUUCACCCGAUGAACCUGAGCGCUGGAGUGAUUUCGUUGCGGCAUACAAUGAAUAUCUUGCCGGAAAGUACUUCAAACAUCAACCUUACUCUGUCAUGAAGGAACGCAUCGACAAAUUUCGUGCAGCGAACUUCGAGAAGAAGAUCGAACUGAAGAAACAACCCUCAUCCCUUACUGGCGGUGAAAUAAUGCCAUAUCAGAUGGAGGGUCUUAAUUGGUUACUCUACAACUUUCAUCAGAAGAAGAACGUUAUUUUAGCAGAUGAGAUGGGACUUGGUAAAACGAUUCAGAUCGUUUCCCUGCUCGCCUCGUUAGUGAAAGACAACCCUCAGUGCUGGCCGUUUCUUAUCGUUACGCCCAAUUCUACUUGCCCAAAUUGGCGUCGGGAGAUCAAGAAGUGGUGUCCAACGAUCCGUGUUGUUGCCUAUUAUGGUGGUAAACGUGCUCGCGACAUGGCGAUGGAAUACGAACUCUUCCCAAAUCGAUGUUCUGACAUGAGGGCCCAUGUUGUGGUCACUUCGUACGAAGCGCCUGUGGAUGACCAUAGCAGAUCCUUCUUCAAGCGCAUCAAAUGGGCAGGUAUGAUUGUGGACGAAGGACAACGUUUGAAAAACGACGAGAACCUUCUAUACGUUGCACUGAAGGCUCUGAGAACUCCAUUCCAGGUUCUCCUCACUGGAACGCCUCUGCAAAAUAACAAGAGAGAGCUAUUCAACCUCCUCCAGUUUCUUGACCCAUCUAUGAAUGCUGCUAAACUGGAUGAAAAGUACGCUGAACUAACCAAGGAGAAUCUACCUGAGCUUCAUGACCUUAUCCGUCCAUUUUUCUUGCGACGGACAAAACUCCAAGUCUUGAAGUUCCUACCACCCAUGGCACAGGUUAUCCUUCCUGUUACAAUGAGUGUUGUUCAGAAGAAGCUAUACAAGUCAAUAUUGGCCAAGAAUCCCGAGCUUAUUCGAUCAAUAUUUGGUCAAAGCAAGACCGUACUACGUCCAGCCGAGCGAGGAAACUUGAACAACAUGUUAAUGCAGCUCCGAAAGUGUCUCUGCCACCCUUUUCUAUAUAGCUCGGCUAUCGAAGAAAGGUCUGUUACGGAAAAGGCUUUAUUUCGUAAUCUCGUUGAUGCCUCUUCCAAAUUUCAGCUUCUGGAAAUUAUGCUUCCGAAACUGCGAGAACGUGGGCACCGAGUUCUACUCUUCAGCCAGUUUUUGAAUCAACUUGACCUGGUUGAAGACUUCCUCGUUGGUCUUGACCUUCCUUUUCAGAGACUUGAUGGUACAAUCAGCUCUUUGGAAAAACAGAGACGCAUUGAUGCAUUCAAUGCACCAGACUCCGAUCUAUUUGCGUUCCUCCUCUCUACUCGUGCUGGAGGUGUUGGCAUAAACCUCGCAACUGCUGAUACUGUCAUUAUAAUGGAUCCUGACUUCAAUCCCCACCAAGAUAUACAGGCCCUUUCACGUGCCCAUCGUAUUGGACAGAAGAACAAGGUCCUUGUCUUUCAGCUAAUGACCAAGGACAGCGCUGAGGAGAAGAUAGUCCAAAUUGGACGCAAGAAGAUGGCUCUUGACCAAGCCCUUAUCGAGAGUAUGGGUGCCGAAGACGAUGCUGGGGUCGAUCUGGAGUCUAUCCUUAAGCAUGGCGCAGAAGCGCUCUUUAAUGACGAUGAUCGAAACGAUAUACACUAUGACUCCUCCUCUGUGGAUAAGCUUUUGGAUAGAACCCAAGUCGAAAAUACCGAGACAGAUGAAGAAAAGACUGCGGAAUCACAGUUCUCUUUUGCUCGUGUAUGGGCUAAUGACAAGGGUACUCUCACUACAGAUAUUGGAGAUGCAGACACCGACGAUUCCUCUUCUGCUCCAAACUUCUCGGUAUGGGAAAAGAUUCUUAAGCAACGAGAGGCAGAUGCCGCGCGCGAGGCUGCCCAGAACAUGCAGACCUUCGGCCGCGGGAAGCGUACGAGACGGGCUGUCGAUUACCAGCGAGGCAGUAUGGCUCUCGACGAUGAAGUGGGCGGGUCUCCACAAGUUUCUCGAAGCAAACGACGUCAACAUGCAUCAGGCAGUGAUACAGAUUUUGCAGCCGCGGGAGAAUCUGACGGAGAUGACUAUUCUGAGGCUGAAGGGUCAGUUGAUCCGCGGGAACUACAGCAAAAAGAGCGCUCUGGAAAAGAAUACCAGCCAAACUCUGAAACUACCCGAAUCCUCCCGCCUUCAGUCCAGCAACACCCAGCAGCCCCUCCAAGUACCCGAAUCCUCCCACCAUCCAUCCAGCAACACCCGCCAGGCCCUCCAAAUACCCGAAUCCUCCCACCAUCUGUCCAGCAACACCCAGCAGCCCCUCCAAGUACCCGAAUCCUCCCACCUUCAGCCCAGCAAUACCCACCAAGCUUGUAUCAACCCCCCAAUGCAGGAAAGCACAGCGCACAGCCAAAUCAAGGACUGUUAGAUUCCCACCAGCCUAUCCCAUCCAGCCAGCUCAACAUCAGAACUGGAAAUUCGUCACCCGGAGAACAGACUAAGAGUCCAUUUCAACAAGCUCCCAGGAAUUCCAGAAUCGUCUCAUCAACCCAAGAGCCGCAAGUUGAGAAAAGACAAUCGAAUGGAUACGGAUAUGGCCGUCCUGAAGGGCAUCAAGAAUCUCCCAGGAGCAGAAGCCAAUACUGCCAAGCCUGCAAGUCUGUCCAUGUCCCGGGGAAAUGUACACUCAAGCUAGCUGGUGGCCCCGAAUAUUGCGGCCUUUGUGGAAUUGCACAUUUCGGAGUCUCUCGCACCUGUCCUAAUCUCGCCUCGGAAAUUCAGAUUCGUCUUAUGCUUGAUGCUUUGAAGAAGAGUACAGAGCCUCAGGAACAGAUCGAUGCUGCACGUGCGGUUCUCACCAAAGAGCUUGCUAAAAGGCGACAACGACAACGGGGAAAGCAUGGGAAGAGCGCAUAAGCUGAGACGUCUUCACCUCUUCUUUCGUACAUAUGGGUUUGAUUUUAAUUCAUGGGUUACUUUUCCGUUUAUCAGGGGCGUUGGGAAGAUUCAUGACUACCAAAUGGUUAUUGGCAUCUUUUCCUGUCACAUCGUAUGGCGAUGGGAAUGGUAUGGGCAUAGAUGAUGGCAUUAUUCCAUGGCUGGCAAUGGUUAUAUCAAUAGAUUACGUUUCAUUUUGCGUUCAGAUGCAGCAAUCAAAUUAAAAGUUCAC